AUGCCACAACCCCUCAGCACGAGAGAGGCCAACCUCUUUCGUCAGGUCAUCCGCAACUAUGAGGACAAGCAGUACAAGCGCGGCCUCAAGGCGGCCGAGCAGAUCCUCAAGAAGACCCCUAGGCACGGCGACACCAUGGCCAUGAAGGCCCUGAUCCUCAAUGCGCAGGGCAAGACGGACGAGGCCUUUGCCCUCGGCAAGGAGGCCCUGACGGUGGACAUGAGGUCGCACAUCUGCUGGCACGUCUACGGCCUGCUAUACCGCACCCACAAGAACUUUGAGGAGGCCAUCAAGGCCUACAAGUUUGCGCUGCGGCUCGAGCCCGAGUCCCCGCAGAUUCAGCGGGACCUGGCCAUCCUCCAGAUCCAGAUGCGCGACUACCAGGGCUACGUCCAGAGCCGGCACGCCAUGUUGCAGGCGAAGCCCCAGCUGAGGCAGAGCUGGACCGGCCUCGCCAUCGCCCACCACCUCGCCGGCGAGCUGCAGGAGGCUGAGAACAUCCUGACCACCUAUCAAGAUACCCUCAAGAACGCGCCCUCCAAGACUGAUCUCGAGAACUCGGAAGCUGUCAUGUACCGCAACAUGAUCAUCGCCGAGACUGGAGACACCCAGCGAGCAUUGGAACACCUCGAGUCGGACGCCAAGGACAACCUCGACCGCCUGGCUGUCAUGGAGCGUCGUGCCGAGUAUCUCUCCAAGCUUGGAAGAAAGGACGAGGCGGCGACUGCCUACAGAGCUCUCCUGGAUCGCAACUCCGAACACCCUCAGUACUACUACGAUUUGAUCAAGGCCCUCGGCAUCGAGGAGGACGCCAAGGCCAAGAAGGCCAUCUUUGACGAAUACGCCGACAAGUAUGCGAGAUGCGACGCUGCCCGGAGGAUACCUCUGGACUUCUUGAGUGGAGACGAGUUCCGGGAAGCGGCUCGCAGAUACCUCACGCUGAUGCUGAACAAGGCCGUUCCCUCUACGUUUGCUAACCUAAAGCACCUCUACUCUGACUCUUUCAAGAAGGAGACCCUCCCCGCGCUGGCAGAAGCGUACCUCGAGUCCGAAGAUGGCAAGAAGGUGCAGGGCAAGGCUGCUGCCCUCUACUUCCUGGCGCAGCACUACAAUUACCACCUCAGCCGGGACCUCACCAAGGCAAUGGAGUACUGCGAGAAGGCCAUCGAGCUCGAGCCCAAGAGCGUUGACUUUGCCAUGACCAAGGCUAGGAUAUACAAGCACCACGGCAACGUGAAGAAGGCAUCUGAGGCCAUGGACUACGCGCGCUCUCUCGACAUCAAGGACCGCUACAUCAACAGCAAGGCUGCCAAGUACCAGCUGAGGAACAACGAGAACGAGAAGGCCCUCAAGACGAUGGGUCUGUUCACCCGCGCGGACACCGUCGGCGGCCCGCUCGUGGACCUGCUGGACAUGCAGUGCGUGUGGUUCCUGACGGAGGACGGCGAGGCGCACGCCAGGCGAGGCAAUACGGGCCUGGCCCUGAAGCGCUUCCACCAGAUCUGGAACAUCUUUGACAUCUGGCAGGAGGACCAGUUUGACUUCCACAGCUUCUCGCUGCGCAAGGGCCUGAUCCGGGCGUACGUCGACAUGAUCCGGUGGGAGGACCGCCUGCGCGAGCACCCCUUCUACUCGCGAGCGGCCCUCGACGCCGUCAAGCUCUACGUCAGCAUGUACGACGCCUCGGGCGCCGGCCUGGCCAACGGCGUCAACGGCUCCGCUUCCGGGGCGGCCGCGGACGGCGGGGCAGACGUCGCGGCGGAGAAGAAGGCCGCCAAGAAGGCCAAGAAGGAGGCGCAAAAGGCAGAGCGCGAGGCGGCGGAGAAGGCGGCCAAGCAGGACCCCAACAAGGCGGCGGCGGCGCAGAAGGGCAAGGGCGAGGAGCCGGCGGCCAAGAAGGACGACGACCCGGAGGGCAAGAAGCUGGCGCAGACCAAGGACCCGCUGGACGACGUGAUGAAGUUCCUGACGCCGCUGCUGCAGUUCAGCCCCAAGAACAUUGAGGCGCAGUUUGCCGGCUUCGAGGUCUUCCUCCGGAGGAGAAAGUAUGUGCUGGCGCUCGGCUGCCUCAACGCCGCGCACGCACUCGACGCGGAGCACCCCAAGGUGCACCUGCACGCCCUGCGCCUGCGGCACGCCCUCGACGCCGAGACGCUCGGCGGCCUGCCCGCGCCCGUCCAGGCGGUCAUCAAGGCCGACUUUGCCGCCGCCGCGCCGCCGCCCGGCGCAGACCUCAAGAAGGCCAACGACGCGUUCCGCGCCGCGCACGGGGCCAGCGCGCCCCACGUCCUGGCCGCGGCGCAGGCGGCGCGGGCGCUCGGAGAGGACAAGGCGGCGUGCGAGAGGGCAGCGGCCGGGGCGCUCGAGGUGGAGGGCGUCACGCUCGAGGAGGCGCUCGAGGCGUACGAGGUGCUCAAGGGCUGGAAGAGCGGUGAGCUCGAGGCGUUCCGCACGGCGGCGGGGGGGAAGUGGCCUGGCGCGACGGUGUUUGCCUAG